UACUCCAAAAUUGUCCAAAAUAAUCCAAAGGAGAUAAAUUACAUAAUUUCAACUUGACAAAUAUCAACUACCUUCUCACAGUAUGGGAGGUCAUGACGCACAUCAUCAUGGUCCACCAUAUCAAAUACCCAACCAUGAUAUUUAUAAAGUGGAAGAUGUAGCAGAAUUGAAACGUGUUCAAGAAGAAUUAGCCAAGAAAGGAUUGAGAGAUCCUUGGCUGAGAAAUCAAGUGUGGCGCUACAAAAGAAGUGCAUCGCCUUAUAUGCGUGGAUUAAUAUGUAUAACGAGAGGCUGGAGAAUUGCUAUACCAGCAUUCCUCAUAACUAUCGCUGUUGAACAAUAUUUUGGGAUCGAUUACUCAGGACAUCAUGGGGACAAGCAUGGAAAUGAUCAUCAUUAAUGUUCGCUUUGGAUAUUAAUGUGGUACAAGGAAAUAAAAAAUAGUAAAGUG